AAAUGCUAUAAUAUUCUAUACAGUAAUAAGAUUCAUUAUGAUUAAUUAACAUGAACAUGCUUUCUGAUGUUUGUUUUAGAUGGAAUACGACUCACUGGUGGCUACAAUUCCUGCUCUGGUAGAGUGGAGAUCCUGUAUAAUGGUCAGUGGGGAACAGUGUGUGAUGGGGACUGGGACCUGAAAGAUGCAGAGGUGGUGUGUAGACAGAUUGGAUGUGGUAAAGCUGUCACUGCUCAUGAAAGGGCCCACUUUGGUCAGGGAAGUGGUGAAAUAUGGCUGAAUAAUGUUCAGUGUUCUGGAAAUGAAAGCACCAUCACACAGUGCUCUCACAGAGGAUUUGGAAAACACAACUGUGGCCAUGGUGAAGAUUCUGGUGUUAUUUGUUCAGAUAACAUACGACUCACUGGUGGCUACAAUUCCUGCUCUGGUAGAGUGGAGAUCCUGUAUAAUGGUCAGUGGGGAACAGUGUGUAAUCAUGACUGGGACCUGAAAGAUGCAGAGGUGGUGUGUAGACAGAUUGGAUGUGGUAAAGCUGUCACUACUCAUGAAACGGCCCACUUUGGUCAGGGAAGUGGUGAAAUAUGGCUGAAUAAUGUUCAGUGUUCUGGAAAUGAAAGCACCAUCACACAGUGCUCUCACAGAGGAUUUGGAGUGGACAACUGUUUCCAUAGUAAAGAUGCUGGUGUUACUUGCUCAGAUGGCACUAUCAUACGACUCACUGGUGGCAAAGACUCCUGCUCUGGUAGAGUGGAGAUCCUGCAUAAUGGUCAGUGGGGAACAGUGUGUGAUGACUACUGGGACCUGAAUGCUGCAGAGGUGGUGUGUAGACAGAUUGGAUGUGGUAAAGCUGUCACUGCUCAUCAAAGUGCCCACUUUGGUCAGGGAAGUGGUGAAAUAUGGCUGGAUGAUGUGCAGUGUUCUGGAAGUGAAAGCACCAUCACACAGUGCUCUCACAGAGGAUUUGGAGUGGACAACUGUUUCCAUAGUAAAGAUGCUGGUGUUACUUGCUCAGUCCGAGAGAUCAGGCUGGUGAAUGGUCCAAGUAAAUGUUGUGGUCGAGUGGAGAUCCAGCACAGAGCCCAGUGGGGAAAAGUGUGUGACGAUAAUUGGGACUUAAAUGAUGCAGAGGUGGUGUGUAGGCAGCUUGGAUGUGGUAAAGCCAUCAGCAUGCCUCAAUACUCCUGCGUUGGUCAAGUACGUGAACCAACCUGGCUGGAUAAUGUUCAGUGUAAAGGAACAGAGAGCUACAUAGAUCAGUGUUCACACAGUGGAUUUGGAGUAAAGAACUGUGGACAUGAUGAAGAUGCAGGUGUCGUUUGCUCAAUGAACUUGCAGCAGCCCAAGAUCUCUUUCAUUGCUGCUGAUGGAUUGUACCAGUACGGGCCUGGAGGACCAGAAAUAAUUGAAGGCUAUGGCUUCUCCAUCAUCUGCUCCAUUGAACCUCAGUAUGCAGGAGGUUCCUUCCAUUUGGGGUUCAGAGGAUUCCACAUCUCCACAUCUAAUGUUAAGCACUCAGCUGUCUUCCUUUUUCCUGAAGCAGAUUUUGAUCAUCAGGGAAACUACAGCUUUGAGUAUUUAAAGAACUUGCUGAUUUAUCUUUCAGCAUCUCCAGCUCCCUACAUUGGUAUUGGGGUGACAGCAGGACUGCUUCUCAUCUUAGUUCCAGUCAUCAUUUACUUCGUGAAGUCACAGAAAAGACAGAAAUUUCAGAGUGAGACUAAGAGUGAUUCACAGCGUGCUAAAAAGACAUAUGAGUGUCACCAAGCAGAGGCAGAAACCAUUUUCUACCAGAAGGAUGAUUCUGAGGACUCGGAUAAUGACUACAUUCAUGUAGAGGCUGAACAAAGAAGUGCUGCAGAUGAUGACUAUAUUAAUGUUGAUGCUGAGGAACAAAGACACGAUGUGGAAAAUUACUAUGAAGAUGCAGAAAUUUAUGCAAAUUGUCUAGAGUAA